UUUUCGAAAUUCACAAUAGGUCUUCUAAUCGUCUACGGAAGACCCUAUUGGAUGAGGUCAGUGAAAUUAAAGAGUCCCCACAAUUUCAACUUUCUUUCCUUCCUUCGCUUCUACAGUACAUCUCCCCUCUACUUUAUUACUACUUUCUUAAACUAAAAGCUACCAAAAAACAGAAAUCGAAAUCUAUAAUAAUCUUUUUUUUUUUUUUUUUUUUUUAAUACUUUCAACGUUGAUUGCAUGUGUAGUGAAUAAUAUUAUACUAUCAGUAGUCAUCAGUCUCACCUGGUUUUUCUCCUGUUUAAAUACCCUGAACUUUCGCUCCAACUUCUAAACGUCUCUCUCCCCACAACAGAAGAAUGAAGUGAGAGAAACCUCCUUCACAAGGCUCAGUAAUGGAACCUCCUCGUGUGAUAUCAGUUAUAUUUCUUUCUUCAGUUUUCUUUCUCUCACUGAUCAUAGUUUCCAUCGUUUGGGGUGAUCUCAAUCCAUUCUUAGGCUUCUCCUUCACGAAACUCAAAGAUCAAUCACACAAUAAAUUUGAGUUGCAGACUACACUCGCCAUCUCUAAAGAAGCUCAGUCUGUAAUCUCUACUACUUCUACUGGUUCCAGUCUAAAUCGCUUCAAAAGCCCCGCCGUCAUUAGGAGAGUUGGGAAUGAUAGAACCGGUGAUAAACUCGAAGAAGGACUCGCCCGAGCCCGAGCUGCGAUCCGUCAAGCCGCACUGAGUCGAAACGUCUCGUAUGGCGUCGAGGAUGAUCAUGAUACCCCCGCAGGCGAUAUCUACCGUAACCCCGGCGCAUUCUAUCAAAGUUAUAUGGAGAUGGAGAAGAGUUUAAGGGUGUUUGUGUACGAAGAAGGGGAACCACCCUUCGUCCAUGACGGUCCGUGUAAGGACUUGUACACAGUAGAGGGACGGUUUAUACAAGAGAUGGAGUUCGGGAACCAUUUGUUCAGAACCAGCGAUCCGCACUGUGCGCAUGUUUACUUCAUGCCCUACAGCGUGACUAUGAUGGUCUCUUAUCUCUACAAACCCUACACUUACGAUGUCACUCCACUCCAACAAUUCGUUUCGGGCUACUUGAAAGUUAUCUCCAAAAAGUAUCCCUUCUGGAACCGGACUCUUGGAGCUGAUCACUUCAUGCUUGCUUGUCAUGAUUGGGGCCCCGAUGCCUCUCGAGGCAACCCAUAUCUCUACAAUACUUCAAUCAGAGUCCUAUGCAAUGCCAAUACAUCUGAAGGAUUCAACCCUCGAAAAGAUGUAAGUCUCCCGGAAAUAUACCUCUACGACGGCAACAUCUCGCCGGAGCUCCUCUCAGUACCACCAGAAGAUGCACCACGACCAUAUAUUGCAUUCUUUUCUGGAGGUGUCCAUGGUCCAAUAAGGCCCCUCCUCUUACAACACUGGAAAGAACGAGACAAUGACCUUCGUGUAUUUGAAUACCUUCCCAAAGACCUCAACUACAAUACAUUCAUGCUCCAAUCCAAGUUCUGUCUAUGUCCAAGUGGAUAUGAAGUCGCAAGCCCAAGAAUUGUUGAAGCCAUAUAUGCCGAGUGUGUGCCGGUAAUUCUAUCAGAAAAUUAUGUGUUGCCAUUUAGUGAUGUUCUCCGGUGGGAAGCAUUUUCAGUUCAGGUUAAUGUGUCUGAUAUUCCUAACUUGAAGAAGAUACUAAGUGAAAUCCCAGAAGAAGAUUAUAGAAGAUUGAAGAUGGGUGUUAAGGCAGUGAGGAAGCAUUUUGUACUGAACAAACCGGUCAAACGGUAUGAUGCUUUUCAUAUGAUCCUGCAUUCAAUAUGGCUUAGGAGGUUAAACGUUAGACUUAAUAGACAAUAGUGGAGAAGGAAUUGGAGAAUUGGUCAUAGAGAAAAAUCUUUUUAGCCUUUAUUUAUAUUUAAGUUUGCUAGUUUUGUAUAUGAAAUUAAAGAGAACAAAAGAGACUUUAGAUCUGAUGUGACAAUAUCAUAAACCUGUCAAUGCAUAAUGUAUAUUUGAUUUGUGGGCUAAUGGGCCAUAUAAUUUAUGUUUAUUUUGUCUCCA